AGGAUGUCCGUUACUGCCAGGCUGCGCGCGCGCGCCUAGCGAGGCAGGCGAGAAAGGGGUGAGCGCGCGGGGGGACUGUCGGCCCUCAGAUACCGACGAGCACGAGGCGGUUACCCGCUUCCCUUUUCCGUAAGAACGGAAGUCAAGAGGCGACGCUUCGGCUGCGCCGGCCUCGGAAGAGAAAAGCGUGUGAGAGACGGUGCGCUUGAGCUCGCCCCUGGAAGAAGCGACCGCGGCGUCGGCUUCGACAUCUUCUAGGCCGCUGUGGGCGGGGCUUAUUCGGACUCGGCCGGCCCUGCCGGGUUCCGCGCGCUUUCAGGAUGUCGGCACAGGCCCAAAUGCGCGCGAUGCUGGACCAACUUAUGGGCACCUCCCGGGAUGGUUCAAUGUAUCUAUGCCUGCCUACUUCAUUCUGCAAGGGAGUGUCAGAAAGGCCCCGCAUUCGCCGAGCCGGGAUACUACCCGUCAGCGAAUCAAAUUCAGUGAUGACAGAGUGUGCAAAAGUCAUCUCCUCAACUGCUGCCCUCAUGAUGUCCUCUCUGGAACAAGGAUGGACCUUGGAGAAUGUCUGAAGGUGCAUGACUUGGCAUUAAGAGCCGAUUAUGAAAUUGCAUCCAAAGAACAAGACUUUUUCUUUGAGCUUGACGCAAUGGAUCAUCUACAGUCAUUCAUUGCUGAUUGUGAUCGAAGAACUGAAGUGGCAAAGAAAAGACUGGCUGAAACCCAAGAAGAAAUCAGUGCUGAAGUUGCAGCCAAAGCUGAAAGAGUCCAUGAAUUGAAUGAGGAAAUUGGAAAGCUGCUUGCAAAGGUGGAACAACUUGGAGCUGAUGGAAAUGUGGAAGAAUCUCAGAAAGUAAUGGAUGAAGUGGAGAAAGCAAGGGCAAAGAAAAGAGAAGCAGAGGAAGUGUACAGGAAUUCCAUGCCUGCUUCCAGCUUUCAGCAACAAAAGCUUCGAGUCUGUGAAGUAUGCUCAGCAUAUCUUGGUCUACAUGAUAAUGACAGGCGGCUUGCUGAUCACUUCGGAGGAAAAUUGCACUUGGGCUUUAUUGAAAUAAGAGAGAAGCUUGAAGAACUCAGGAGAAUUGUGGCUGAUAAGCAAGAGAAACGAAACCAAGAACGUCUAAAGCGUAGGGAAGAAAGAGAGAAGGAAGAAAGGGAAAAGCUAAGGAGAUCUCGAUCUCAUAGCAAGAACCCUAAAAGGUCAAGAUCCCGAGAUCGCCGUAGACAUCGAUCUCGUUCUUCCUCACGUGAGCGAAAGAAAAGAACUCGCUCCAGAUCCCGUGAGAAACGUCACCGUCACAGGUCUCGUUCCACCAGUCGCAGCAGGAGCCGCAGCCACCAGAGAAGCAGGCAUAGCUCCCGGGACAGGAGCAGAGAACGCAGUUCUAAAAAAAGAUCCUCAAAAGAAAGAGCUUCCAGAGAUCAAGAACGAUCAAGAGACCGUAACAGAACAUCACAUGACAAAGAAAAGAGCCCCAGAGAAAAGUCACCUAGAGACCGAGACUGCAAAGACAGGAAGCGUUCCUAUGAAAGUGCUAAUGGCAGAUCAGAAGACAGGAGAAGCUCAGAAGAGCGUGAAGCAGGAGAAAUAUAACUGGCUGUACAUUCACUUGAUCCUUUAGCUUCCUAUGGAGUUGCAUACUGUGGUUUAGUUUACAGUUAUUCAAAGGGACACCAGUGAGCAGUUCCACACACUGAUCCAACUAGGGUAGAUGUACAGUGUAUAAAAAUGGUUAUAAUGAAGUCUGAAUUGACCCCUUUCAGUUGAUGACAGCUAAAGCAGUGUCCUUUUUUCUCUUUUCCAAUAAACUUGUAAAACAUUAUUUUCAAAGAUCUCUCUUCAAAAAGACAACAAUUUUAUGUACCAAGACGUAGAUCUCAAUGUUUUAUUCUCCUUUUUCAAUACAAGUUAUAGUGAACAAACUAUAUUGUGCUCUUUGCCUUGGAUGCAUUCAAACCUUUAUAAACUACUCUAAUUUCCCUCCAGUUGAAACAGCAGCACUGAGUGGUUUUUAGGGAGGGCGGGUGGGUCCCAAAGCUUUUAAUUAACUCUAUAAUACGGUGUUCUCAGUUGUUUCUUGAGAGCCUAGGUUUGGCAGUAUGUUUUAGAUGGGAUGUGUGCUGGAGAAAAUUGAAAGUUUUUGGUUUUUUUACAGUGCCCAUUUAGACUUGGAAAUUGAACAGCUGUUGCAUUUCAUCCUUUUUAUUAAUUUCUAUUGAAACUUUGAAAUCAAAACCAGUCCCAUAUCUCUGUACCACUUGAUUGGUAUGUGUUCAGUAUACUUGGUUCUUUUUCCAUAAGAUUUUUUCUGCUUUUUCUUGUGGGGUGUUAACUGCACAUCCUUAAUUGUAAAAAACAACAAACCAAUAAUAAAAUAAAUAAAUAAAUAA